AUGCCUCAGAAUGCCAUGUUGGAAGUAGAACUAUUCGAUGUAUGGGGAAUAGACUUUAUCGGACCCUUUCCAUCAUACUUUGGAAAGCAUUACAUUUCGGUCGCGGUUGACUAUGUGUCAAAAUGGGUGGAAGUUGUAGCCUUACCCAUGGAUGAUGCUAAAGUGGUGAUCAGUUUCCUAAAGAAUUACAUCUUUGCUCGGUUUGGGGUACCAAGGGCAUUAAUUAGUGACGAAGGUACCCAUUUUCUGAACAAGCUGAUGGAGAACAUGUUAAGGAAAGACAAUGCCAAGCAUAAAAUUGCCACACCGUACCAUCCUCAGACAAGUGGACAAGUUGAAGUAUCAAAUCGGAAGAUAAAGCAGAUUCUGGAAAAGACAGUCAACGCGUCACGAAAGGAUUGGUCGAUCAAGUUAGAGGAUGCAUUAUGGGCAUACAUAACAACGUUCAAAAACCCCCAUAGGUUGAAGUUGUUCCCUGGAAAACUAAGGUCGAGAUGGUCGGGACCUUUUGUGAUACACAAGGUAUUUCUGCAUGGAGCCAUUGAGCUUAGAAACUCGGCAAACGGGGACACGUUUAAAGUAAAUGGGCAGAAAGUUAAAUCAAACCUACAAGGGCAGGAGGGUCGUAUGAUAGAGAAAGUUUACAUAGUACUCUACAAAGGAAAGGAAAACACUUCAAUAAAUACUAAAGUACAAAAUGCCCCCGAGGAAGAUUUUGACAGGAAAGCAGCAACUUACCGAAAUGUCGAGAUAUAUGUGACUGCUGACCCCGACACUAAGGAAGGCUACAACGCUGAGCACUUUGCUACACGUGAGCAGAUCGCAUGUGACCAUGCGGAUGCAUCAAAAGUAGAAGAGGAGGAGCCUCAGGAGCAGUUUGUACCCCCACCUCCGGAACCUGUCCAGCAGGAAGCAGGAUCCUCUUCCUGGCCUGCCUACCAAUGGACUUGGGUACAAACCGAGCUCGGCGACUUGAGGACCGAACAAACACGGAAAGGCAUCGAGCAGGCCCUACAAGGGGAAAUGUUGGAUAAAAUGAGCCUCAUGAUGCGGCAAUUGGUGUUGCAUUUUCCACCCCCGCCUCCUUAG